AAUCACAAACCAUCAUCAUCGAUGCAUGCUGCAAUUGCCAAUGAGACUGAUGAGAGGAGAUUAAAGAGCCUGGUACAGCAUGUUGGAAGGUCAUUCUAUGAGAGCAAGUAUUACAUUAUUUUAGAUCAGCUUAUUAGGAAGGAAGCUAUGCAGGAUGGUGAAAUAGCUGGUAGAAUUGGAUUAACUGUUAAAGAUAGCUCUAAACUUAUUGCAAAGUUGAUAUCUGAUAAGCUUGUCUUCCAUUAUCGACGGAAUGAAUAUCAGCCACCAAAUCCACGUCCACUUUUGAAGACCUAUUAUUACAUUGAUUAUCAACAGUUCAUCGAUAACGUCAAAUGGCGUAUGUGGAGGAUCAGGAAAGCUAUUGAUGAUAAAUUAAGAAAUGAAUUAGAUCAGAAAGGAUAUGUUUGUCCUGGUUGUCAAAAGACGUUUACACCACUUGAUGUCCUCCAUUUAGAAGCAACGACAGAUACUUUCAUAUGCGAUACUUGCAACGCACCGCUCAAAGAUAAUGAUGAAUCUGAUGGCGUAAAAGGUUCACAAGAUAUGAUGGCACGUUUGCUUAUGCAAUGUCGCCACAUCAUUGCAGGUCUAAAAUUAACGGAAGAUAUGACUUUACCACCAUUUGACAUUGCUGAUUGGAUUGGCAAGAACGUCAAAGCGAUUACUCAACCAAUUAAAGAACUUGAAGGUGAAGAUGAUGGUUUAGCCGUGGCUGGUGCUGGAUCAUCAUCUGGUAAUAACAAAUCUCAAGUUAAGGUUCAAAUAGUCGCAGAUGAGCAUGACGCCGAACAGAAGAAGAAAUUAGAACAGGAGGCAGAAGAAAGGAGAACUAAGAAUGCUCUACCGGAAUGGGUAUUGAGGAGUACCAUUUCAGGUGAAAUUACAGCGAUCGGACAUAGGAAUCAAGCCAUCAUGGAGAGGAAAUCUAGAGAUGAAGGAGGGACUUUGCAUAGUCAAGAUGAUGGAUAUGAAGCCAUCAACAUGGAUCAAUAUUAUAAUGAUUAUUAUUCUAAUUACAAUUCAAAACGAUCACAAUCGCCUGGUCAAGAUACAUCGAACAAACGUAUAAAACAAGAUACCGAAACCAAUAACGUAACACAACAGCAAGACAAUAAUGAUUCAGAGGAGGAGGAUGACGACGACUUUGAACAAGUCGCAUAACUUAUUUUGUCGAUGCACCUGCAUAUUAUAUACACAUUAUA